GAUUCAAAAGGUCGUGGCUUGAUUCAUCGUCCAUCGUGUUUUUUUUUAAAUUUUAAAGGUUAUGUUUUUCUUAAUAUUCUAAUCCCAAGCCAUUCAUAUUGUUAUUUGUUUAAUCUUAAGAGUUUUUUAUGAUUGAAAACAUGAAACUAUUUUUUUGUUAAUGUAAUAUUCGUGGAAAUUGUUCUUGUGAUUCAUGAAUGUACCUAACUUUAUAGGAAGUGAAGCCGUGAUCCAUUAUACAACGGAAACAUUGCUUUAAAAAAUUAACAAAUACCAUAGCGUUUAUUAAUUUUUUGUUUUAAAUCUUAUUUGAUUAUGAAACGCAUGAAUUUGAUUUUUCGAUUGGGCAGUCAAUUAUCGUUAUCAUGUCCAGUCAAAACUCCGAUUGGUUUAUAUCAAAAUUUGUUAUGUUCUACCAGUUUGUUACCUCAGAGAUUUCAAUCUUCGGCUGUAUCGAGUUCCAAUAACCAUUUGCCAAGUAGUAUUGAUUAUAGUAAAGACGAUGUUUUUGAAAAAACUAUUGAAGAUUCAAAAGACGUCGUGACAUCAAGAAAACUUAUUGAUGUAUCCGACUAUGCACCAGUUUUAUUGCCUUCUUUCAAUUUAGCUGCCUAUGUAGACAAAUCAUCUAGUCUUCAAGAACUCGUAAAACUGGGUGUCAAUCUUUACAAGUUUGAUGCAAAAAUGAACGUUGUAGAGUAUAUUCUUACUUUGGAUUUUGAACGAGACAUAAAAAAUCAUUUAGUGUUUCUUAUUGAUAACGGCGCUCCUGCAGACUCUUUAGGUAAAUUUAUAACAAAAAAUCCUUUCAUAUUCAAAGAAACAAUUGAUAACCUACAAGUGAGAAUAAAUUAUCUGCUAUCAAAGAAGUUUCGUAUGGAGGAUGUUACAAGAAUAAUAACCAAAGAGCCUUUUUGGCUUUCUAAAAGUACCCAAGAAAUAGAUAGACGACUGGGAUUUUUUCAGAAAUAUUUCAACUUGAAUGGUGACGAAGUGAGAUUACUUACAUGUAGACGUCCUAAACUGAUCCUAAGAAAUUUGGAUGAUGUUAAGAUCAAAACAUUCGCUUUCAAAGAAGAGAUGGGAUUCAAUGACAUAGAAGUGAAAACUAUUCUUUUGGAUAAACCUAAAUUAUUUAUGUUGGACAGAAAUCAGUUAGUCGAGCAGUUCGAUUACGUUCACAACGUGAUGAAGCUCAGUCAUGAUGCGAUUCUGAAGCAUGUAAUGUUGCUGGGUAAUCGCAAGUUCCGGACUGAGCAGAGACACAGCUUCCUGGUGUCACUUGGGCGUGCCCAGUACGACCCAGCUCUGCCGCAGUACGUCUCUCCUUCAAGUCUGCUGCUCGGUGACGAUCUGCAAUUCUGUACAAACGUUGCUAAGGCUUCUGUAGAAUCAUUCAAUCUGUUUUUAAAAACUCUUUAGUAACGUACUUUGGACCGCACAAAUUGUGGCAUAACAUUGAUUUAUAGAUAGUAGUAUCCUAAUAAUAACUCGUCAAGUCAACUUGAAUAGAAACUGUUGAUCCAUUUUGUUUUGUAUUGUAAGAACAACAACACCUGUUGUUUAUCGUCGGAACGUGUGUAAAUAAACUAUUUUCUCAAUUACA